AUGAUGCUUGCUAUUCAGUCGCUGAUGGGAGCCUGUGACCAUCUGAGUGGUUCGGGGCAUGACUGUGCAUGCUACAUGCAUGCUUUGAAAGGCUACUUCAUGGGGCUGGUGGCGGCUGCUGAUGUGGUAAGGUGACUCAAGGGGAGUCUGGGUUCCUGCUGCAAGCGGAGGAGCAUCUUUCCCCCGAGUCCUUCCAGUUAUACAUCAAACUGAUAGAUAUGCCGGAGGGGAAAGCAAAGAGGUGACCACAAUGAUCCCACUGUUCUGCAUUCUGCACACUGGAGGAUACAAGAGGAGCCAAGUGGGAAGGUGAGGUGAAGGAGUGAAGCCAAUGGGAUAAUGCUGCUGACUGACAUAGCUAUGAACACAGUCAAGCAGUCGCAUUGUGAAAAUACUGUCUGGCUUCCCCAACUUGGUGCCCUCCAGGUGCUGGUGGACUACAACUCCUACCAGAAGCAGCACACAUGCCAAUGUUCAGGGCUGAUAGGAGAUUUUAAUUUUAUUUUUAGAGUUGGUAAAUUCAGGAUUGGAAUCAGAAUAUUUAAUAUAAAAGUAAACUACCACUAGCACUUCACCUUUUUCCUCUUCACCCUGAAAGUCCCCCAAAUCUGCUCUGGUCCAGAGGGUCCUCCAGAUUUUGUGGGUGAGGCAGCUGCAGGGGCAAGAAGAGGAAUAGGACGUCCCACUGUGCAAGUCUGUUCUGCUCAUGAAUGGAUAGCAUUGGAUAUAAGUGACUGGGAUAGAAAUAUUGGGAAGUAAUCUAGGAAGCAAAAUGGUGUCCCUCAGUGAAAACUAUAGUGGUAAUAUAUUAUAGUUGAAAUAAUUACAGAGCUGUUUAGCUACAUGUAAAAUUAAUUAGUAUUCAUAAUUGUGCAGACCCUAUGGAUGAACAUGAAUAAUUUAUUUGCCUAAACAUGGAGCUGCAUUGAUAAUUGUUAUAACUCUUUUGGAAAGGUCUUGAUUAAUUGAAAUAAAAGUUACAUAUAUGAUAUAUUUAAUUUUAGCGGAGAGGGGAGGAACCCAAAACUAUGUGGAAUGCUCUGUUUUCAUGCUCCAGUAGCUAUAGAUACAUAUGUAAGUUCAUUUUUUAUGUCAUAAAAUCUAUUUGAUUAUAUAAUAUGACACUUAGACAAGUAUACUGACAUGUAUGCAUGCGAAGGCACUAAACGCAUGACUACUUCCUCAUAUUCAUUUGCGCUUUGCUUGCAAAAAAAUUGUUUAUGCUAUCAUCAUUUUAUAGAACAAGAUUUCAGCUGGUCAUCUGUAUUUCUGUAUUUAAGAUCCUGUAAAAUAACAACACACACACCAAAAAACUGCAUUGUAUGCACAUGUCCAUACUCUGGGGACACGUAAUCAGCCACAUAUUUAUGAACAGGUCACUAGGGAGAUUCAAGGAUAAAUGGUGAUUAUUGGCAGUCAUUAAGAAGCAAAUCUAGGAUGGAAUGCCAUAUAACGCAUUCUUCUGCUUACAUGGAAGCUCCACCACAAGCUCCAUUAGUAAUUCAUCAAAGCUAGAGAGCUACAACAAAACAGCAUAUUGAAUCUUCUUUUCCCUUUGUUGCAGUAAUAUAGCAGUUGUAGAAUCAGACACACUACUUCUAUAGGCCAAUCCUAGAUAUGAGUAUACUCAAGGUCCCCCUUACUCAUGGGCUUAGCACCAACUCUUUCACCACACAGAUUGCUCAGGUCUGCUAUGCAAAGGUCCUUAUUCUAUGCGUCUUAAUUCCAUGGCAUCCUUUGCAGCUAAGAAGACCAACCGUACAAGUUUUGCUUAACCUGCUCUUUGCAUCAUAAAAUAAAAAUUACAUUGAGUGGAAUACAUAUUCUAUUUUUUUUAAAAGGGGUCACCAUUAAUUUCUAAAACAAAUUCUAAUUACAAAUGAGUUCUGCUCAUCUCAGAUGUAAACACUAAUAAAAAUUACGAAUGAAUUAGUUCUGAGUGAGACAAAAACGUUUGGAAUCCAUUCAUUUUAAUUGUAGCUCUGGGACAGCCUGAACAGGUCACAUAACAGCUAUAGGGGAAGCGGAAGAAUGAGAAAGAGAGAAAAUGCACAAGCAUGAAGGCAGAGCCCAGAAACAGCCAGUCAGAGAAUAACUUAUAAGAAGAAAAGUAUUUCAUGGGGCAUCUUUGUGCCAGGGAUGGUUUGGGCUGUCCAGCCUGCAGAUAGUACUCUGCAUGAUGCUUGAUAAUACCGUCUAGCAGGCAGGAAGAUUCCAACAACCUUCCCCCAACCUGGUGCCCUCCAAAUGUUUUGGCCUGCAACUUCCAUUAGCCGUGGGCAGUAUGGCUGUGCUACUAGAGGCUGAUGGGACUUGUAGCCUGAAACAUCUGGAACAUAUCAGAGUUUGGAGUGUUACGUUUUCUGCUGAAAAAUUUAGUAAAGUUGCGCCCUCUCAUUUUUCAUUGCCAAGGCAAUCCCAAAGCACAGGGAUGAGGUAUCUCCAGACUAAAGACCUAAAAGGUAAAGGUAAAGGACCCCUAACAGUUAAGACCAGUCGUGAAUGACUCUGGGGUUGUGGCGCUCAUCUCGCUUUACUGGCCAAGGAAGCCGACUUUGUCCACAGACAGUUUUUCUGGGUCAUGUGGCCAGCAUGACUAAGCCGCUUCUGGUGAACCAGAGCAGCACACGGAAACGCCGUUUACCUUCCCGCCAGAGCGGUACCUAUUUAUCUACUUGCACUUUGACGUGCUUUCGAACUGCUAGGUUAGCAGGAGCUGGCACUGAGCAAUGGGAGCUCACCCCAUCGUGGGGAUUUGAACUGCCGACCUUCCGAUCGGCAAGUCCUAGGCCCAGUGGUUAAGACCACAGCGCCACCCAUAUCCCACAGCGCUACCCACAUCCCACAGCACUAAUUAGGUCUAAUUCUGGCCAAACCAAAACAUAUAUGACAUCAAGUGUGAGGCAGGAAAAGGUGAGACCUGGGUAGAAGAGGCAUUGUAAGCAUCACCAAUAAGCUGUCUGCAAAACCCCUUAUGCAGCACUUCUCAAGCACCAACGAUCAGCUGAUUGUGAGUGCUUGGGAAGCACUGCACACACUUUUUUUGCUCACAUGGACUGAUUUUGAACUGCAUGAGGCUUACAUUAUCACAAUUCCAGGUGAAUGGCAGGUGGGUGGCCCCACUCACUUGCCAAAUCUAGUGCAUAUGUUGGGGGCACAGCGCAUAGACGGGUGGUUGCGCGUGCACAGAGAUGAGGUUCUGACCUGCCAGUGAGAUCCAGUUCCCAACUCCUGCCAUAUUAGGUUGCAUCAAAGUAAAUACAAAAUGCAAAUUAAAAACAAUUCUGCAGACUCCUCUGGAUGCCUGGGCAAAUAAGUGAGCCUUCAGCUAGCUGGCACUGAAAACGUAACAGAGCCACUGCCAGUCAUCUCUCUCUUGACAAACAAAUGCUAAAGCUGAGAAUUCCAAUCUUAGAAAAAUAAACACAGCACUCACAAUAUUGGCUCUCGUGACUACAUGUGUUACAAUGCAACAUACUGGGCUGUAGCAGUGAUCAUGGGUACUUUUCUACAUCUAGUGUGAAGGCUGCAACUUUACCAAGAUAGGAGAUUACAUCAACUUCAAAAUAUGGUUGAAUAUUCUGGUUUGGUCCAAAGCUGGUAACAAUAUUUCAGCUUUGGUUACCUAGAGGCUUCCUGGUUUAAUUGUAGCUUGUGCAAAGGGGAAAGUAAAAGACCACCUGAAUGGGCAAAAAGGCUCAUACACUUCUCAGCUUUGAAAGCUGAAAUAUCAUGCCCAAACAUGGCCAUACAGUCCUUCCUGCCAAAACUGGUGAAUGUGAGCAAAACCACCCCACUACCCCAUGAAAAUGCUGACCCUUAACUUUCUGAACAAAUGAAAUAUCCAAAUAUGGAUCACUGGAAGAUCCCUCCACUGUGAAAACUACUAAUUUAUUUCUACCAUUUACUACAUGUUUAUUAGUCAACUCGUAAAAGCACUUGUCCCUUUGCCCCAUGACUUUGGUAAAAACAGAUUUAAUAGGAGUGGAAUGGACUCUUAUAGCAUGCCUUUCUGGCAGUGGUUCAAGUCUCACUUCCUCCUUGCGUUGCAACUGAAAUAACAGUCAGUCAUACCAACAAGUCAAACUCCGAUUCAGUCUUUCAUCCUCCGCAUUUUAGGCAGCCCCCCAUCUUUUAAAUAUGUUAAAGAAUGGCAUAUACAUUUAUUAACUGAAAUGUUCAUCUAUCACAUUUUUUUAAUCAUAAAAAACACAGUGUUUAACAAUAAUUGUAUAACUGCUUCAGAAUGUCACAGGCACUAGCCAAUUAGCACAGUACAUUUUAAGCUUUUGCUGCAAGCGCAGAGCUGAUGCUUUCAAAAUCCAGCUUUAAGGUGGAAAUACAUGUUUGGAAUAAAUGUGAUGAAGGAGAUUCUAGUUGGCUCUGCUGCCCUAAAAAUGCUGCAUCUGUCUUUACACUUAGGCCAAACACUUACCAGAGAUGGGGAACCUGUGUCCCAUCCGCACAUCUCAAUGUUGCUGGAUUACAACAACACCAUCCCUGACCAUUGGCCAUGCUGGCUGGGACUGAUGGAUGUUGGGAGUCCAACAACAUCUGGAGGGCCACAGGUUCGCAUUACUGCCUUUUUGGAAGCCUAACAAUUGCACAAUUGCCCCAUGACAAUAAAUCCAACCCCCUUCUCAUAGUAUUGAUGUAAACACUGGAGACUUGAUGCAAAAGAUCCACUCAUUCUUUGCCAAUUUGUGCCUGUCAUUUCUCUGCUUUGAGCUAUUGGGGGGUGGCGUGCCAGUUGAACAUACACAUGAAUUCACACAUGGAUUUACUCAUGGGCAUUCCCCAGUAAUGUGGAAAAGCUCCCCUGAGUGUGUGAAGGUACGCUUUGAUGUGUGAGGGUAGUGCCAGGAUGGCCCAACAGGGGCUUUUAAAGAGAGCAGCCCAGCUGAAGGUAUUCCAUUCACAGCGUCAGCAGCCAAUUUCAGACUCCAUGGGAAUCACAGACACUUCCCUCUUUCUAUUUAGGAGAUUUCAGCUCCUAUUACUUUUUGCUGAUGCAGUGUUGCACACUCCUCUGCAAUAACUGCAAAACCACUUCAAGCUACAGAGCUACAGUAUGACAAAUCAGGCCAAGCUGUCAUCUGAAAGAAUUGCCAAGAGAGAGAAGCAUUGCAAAGACUUCACAGUCAGCUCAGAGAAGCAGAUUCUGACAACCAAUAGUUGCCCCCCUGCCCCCCACUACACACAAGGGCACAUGUAUUUGUCCCUGAAGGUUUGUGCUUGCUGCAAUGCGUAACAUGCAGCAGGAGUUUAAUAUGUGCUAAACACCUGAAUGAUACAUAAUAGAUCUGAAAGUGGAGCACUGUGCUCCUUAAUACUGAAUAAUAGGUGUCAGAAGGCUGCACUCUCUCCCAACCCCACCAUGAGGGCCUUCCCAGGCUGUUAUGAUUUAGUGCAAGCAAAUGCAAAUUUCACAACUAGAUUAAAUUCUGUGCCAUAGAAGUACUAGCAUAAUUAAUGAAGUUAAAUUCAUUGCCUUGCUUGACAUUCAGAAUUUUUGACACAUACUAAGUUUAAAGUUAGGGUGGAAAAUUGCACUGGGACAAUGCAGUUACCUAGGGAGAGAUUUCAGGGGAAGAGGAAAGAGACUGGACACCUGGGAAACAGGAAGGAAAUUAAUCACAAACCAGUGCUUACUAGAGCCUUGGAUGGGUGGAAUUCCUUGGGAGUUACUUUAUACAUAAUGUUGAGCUUCAGUACUUAAUAUUUUACAAUUGCUGUAUUCUUGGGAGCCCUCCUGUGCCAUUUACCUGGUCCUUUGGGAGAGGUUGAGGGUGGAGUAGAACUUCAAAUAGGCCAAGCACUUAAAUAUACCUCAGCAGAACCAACCACCACCAGUGCCCCUGCAACCAUGCAGUACCACUAUCUGAACCCAACCACAGUGUUAGGAUAAGUGUUACCAAAGCAUGAUGCUUCCAAUCUCCAUCCAUGAAAGAUGGUCCAGAACGUUACUAGUAUGCUACAGAGAGAUCUAGAACAUAAGAGGAUCUCACUCCUUCAACGCAUCCCUCCACAUAUGUGAUCCAGCAGAGGGACCAAUAGGGUUUACAUACGAAAUCCAGACUGAGAGUCAGAUUGAUAAGAAUAAUGAUGUUUGGAAUCCCUCAGGCAGACCCGGAGCUAAGGCACUAACACAUACACUUUUGCCUUGCCCAAGAAAGGCAAGUUGGACACUGAAAGUUAUUUAGCCUUGUACCCUUGUUAGUGGGAGUAACAACUAAAGUAGACUUUUACAUGGCAUAUUUCGUAUUAAAAAACUUACCUACUGACCCAGAUAAGUAAGAAAUGGGUGGACUGCAAUACCACCAGUCCUCUUUAUAAUUGGGGUGAGUGAUGGAUGAGAGAGUCUCUGUAGUAGGUAUAUGAUUGCCCUAAUAAGACAUGGGGCCUGGUUAGCUCAAGCCCUCUAGGAGAUGCCCAAGCCUGCAAUCCUAGCUCCACUUAACUGGGAGUAAUUGCCACUGAAUUGAACAGGACAUACUUCUGAAUAGGCAUAGUUAGGAGUACUGUGCUACAAUUACUAGUCAUCUGGCUUCACAUUGUUAGCGGCCCUAGCAAGGUUGCCGUUGAUGAGCUCUCACCCCCAAGUACCCACCACCUCUUGGGCCCUCCAGUGGGAUUGAAUUCAACAGGUCUUUUAAUGGUUCCAUUAAUGACUCUGACUAGUCUCUGGAAUCAGGAGACCCUUUCUGGCACUUGACAGAAUUGUACUAGAUUCCCCUUCUUCCUAUUUAGAGCUUGUUCAGCACCUCGGUUGGAGAGUUUCUUUCAUUGGCUGAUGGCACCAUACAUUCAUGCUAACAUACAUCAGAAGCAUUCACCACUGCAUUGGCACAGAAACAGCAGUUGUGAAUGAUUGAGGCCUGCUGCAUUCUGACUUGUCCGGGAAAAGAGUGGAGCACUCAGCAGCCUGCUGUGAGCAGAUUGCUGAUAAAGCUGCUUGCAUCUAUUCCAGCUUGGACUCCACAACUGGAGACCUUAUGCAGACUGGUUCUGGAUACCUUUCAGUUCAUGCAAUCCGAGGAUAUGGACAGGAUGCUCAGAAGAUGGCACUUUCCCCCUUGACCCUUUUGCUUCCCAGUAAAUGAGAGCUGCAGUGGGGGACUGACAACUUGGGUGGUGAAGACUGUGAAUGCAUCCUGGAACCUUUUGUUGGGGAAACUGUACAAUCCUUCUUGGAAAAAUCCCUUCUUGGAUCUUUCUAGCCUGUUGUCCAGAACCUGAGCUCUACAGGAAUUCAUCAAAGGAAACAAAUGCCUCCAGAAACCAUUCCACAGAUUAAAGCUGGGUUGCAUUUACUGAGUUAUUUAAGCAAGCGUGUAUCCCCAAGCGGCUGAGAUGGAUCAGUCCAAAGAUGAGCUCAUGAUGGCUGGUCAUGAUCUCUGAACAGACUCCAAGUCACCUCAUUUUCCCUAACUUUUGAAUUCCUUAUAUACACUUUAUUUUCCCACCUGUGGGUUAACAGAAAAUGUGGGAAAGAAUGAGGUUCCACAACUUAUUGCAUUUUCCUUUAAAAAAAAAAAAAAUAGAAACAUACAUAGUUUGUAUUUAAAGAUUUGCUGAUCAGUCACGACUCCACUGAUAAAGCAAAAUCCUCUUGUCUUCCCACCCUGAUUAACCUUAUCAAUAACAGUUUAGAACACCUAAAAUAUCCUUUCUUCAGCAGACAGCAAAAACUGGUGUGUGUGAUGCAACCUCCAAGUUUGAUUAAACAGCAGAUGUUGACAGAAGAUUUCAUUAAAUCCUUUGGCAAGUAAAACCAGAAACUUCUGGUUAAAGGGGUCACAGAAGUUUUGUAGCAAUAUAAACCACAUCCACAGCCCUAUAUCCCACUUUUCUCCCUGUCCUGUCCUGUCCUGCCCCGCCCCCUCUCUCCCCCCACCCCAAAAUGGCAAGAGUAGGACAGCAGGGACCCACACAACUGACAAGGCUCACUGGAGCUGAUGCCUUGCCUGCCCUGCAAAGUGUUUGCUGCCGCUUGGCUGCUCCAUUCACCAGCCUCCUCCUCAAACUCACUCACAGGCUUGCUGAGCAGCUACUUGACUCCACUGCAAUGUCACUGCUGCUGUGAGCCCACUUGAGAGAGGGAGUCUGGCAGCUGCCCUACCCCUGCAUGCAAGUUCAUUCCCUGCUUGUGUGUGCUGGAGAGCCACACAAAUCCCUAAGCCCAGGGGCGUCCAACUUCCAAGAGACUGCGAUCUACUACCACUAUAAAUAAAGUAAUAAAGUGGUCUAUCCAUUGGAUUGACCAGAGUUGUUGAGCUUUUUUUGGUCGAUCGCUGAAGAUCUCAGGAUCAACCAGGGACAGCCUGUGAUCGACCGGUUGGACAGGUCGGCCCUAGCCCAUGCCAUUGCUGCCACCCUGCUGCAAGAUGGGAAUUCCCCCAUCCAUCCAGGCAGUCUUCCCCAAAGUGUGGUACAUGUACCCCUGGGGGUAUGGGAAACUCCGUGAUCAACUCCCCACCGGAAAUCAAUGUCCCCACUGUGGAAGGACGUAUGGAUCCAGAACUGGCCUCCAUAGUCACUUAUGGACUCAUUGUUAAAACCGUGUUUAUGGAAGACAAUAUUACUCGGCUAUGAGCGAUUGCCGAAGAAGAAGAAGAAGAAGAAGAAGAAGAAGAAGAAGAAGAAGAAGAAAGGAAAGGGUUUCAAAGGGCACACAGCAUACUUUUUUAUUUUACUUUAUUGCAGGGGGUUUUUUUUAGCUGCAGAAAACAAUUCAAAGAUAAAAUAAUAUUAUUAAAACUACCCCCAAAAUUAUCUUCGCCCACGAAGGGGAUAUGCCGGUAAAACUCUCAAAAGAGAUGCAUGAUUAUUCUAAGUUUGGGAAACACUGUGUCCAGAGAUGCUUUAAGCAUUAUCUUACUAGGUAAUCUGCCCUACCUGCAAUGAAAUAUAUCUGUCCCAUAUUGGUCUCUACAGCUAUAGCAGGCACUGUAACUCUCCAAUGGUUUGGCUUUAACCCUGAAGGCACACUCUUCCAUUGUCUCCCAACCAAUACACCCUCUUAAACAGCACUGAGGUUUCAAUUUUUUGUUUUCAAUAGGCCAUGUAGUCUAUGUCUUAUAGGCUGUUACCUUAAAAACAGCCAUGAAUUAUUGCACCUUUGGUUUCAUGAUGUAACAGGAAUCUACUUUAUUGCCUCAGCUACCUAGGAAAAAGAGCCAAACCUUUGAACCCCUUUUUGACUGACGUUAUCUUCUAGUCCAUGCCUUUGAUCAUCUCCUAUCUGUAAGGAGACUACGACUGCAAACCUAAACACACUUACAAGAGAGUAACUCUCUGAAAUACUGCAGCCUGUGUCAGAAAACAUGAUAAGGUUUGCGCUACACAUGACUCUCUAGUAAUGAAGACAGUAGCUGCAUUUGCCAUAGCAGUUUCAGAGAUGAGGCAGGCAUUGUUUGAAGGAGAGGAUUAACAGCUUGGACUAAUUGUGUGACCUUGGAUAGGUCAGAAUCUCCCUGCCUUAGGUCCAUCCCUGUAACACUGACUUUCCUUCCAUGCAACCAGAAGGGCAAACACAGCAACGCAAAAAUAUUAUGCAAAUGAUAAACAGCAUAGUAAUUAAUAACAUCUCAUCUAUGGUUAUCCAUAUUUUAUAUUUGCUUUUGUCCCCCCCCCCCAAAAAGUCCAUAAAACAUUUGCAAAAGUCUGUCACCAAUUAAAUUGGCAUCUAAAGGAACUUUCUUUGUUGUGCACUUGGAGAAUACAUAACAUGGCCCUAUGCCUUCCCCAAUAGCAACAGCAUUUAUUACUUGCUAGAACAUGCAGCCUUUGAGCAUCUGUGCAGCCAAAACAUCUUUACCCUUUGAUUUGAAUGCCAGAUUCAAACACAGCUGGAGAUAGGCUUUAUGCUAUCUAUCUAUAUAAAAACACCCUCUACAUUCAUUCCGCAUUCCAAAUGUUCAGAUUGCCACACCAACAGUAAGGAAGCCAUCUCCCAUGGAUAUCAUUAGAUGUUGUUGACACAUUGAGCUCCAGUAACACCCACACUAGCUGACCCUGCCUCAGAAUGAGGCACUGUCAUUAGGGUGGUGGAAAUGGGGGUUUUGUAUAAUAACAACAAUAAUAAUAGCAAUAGGAAGAUUCACUUCUCAGUCUCUUCCUUCCAAUACACCUCCCUUUGCAUUCAAUCCAACUUUUUUAUUUAAAAUGAGGUGGGAGGGGGAAUAAGAAGCAGGAGAACUAAGUUGAUAUAGCAGCAAUUAUUAAUCUAUUUUAUAUUAAACCUCAUUUUGCAUACACUGGUGGUUUAGACUUAGAAUGGCUUGUAGCCUCCAGAUGUUGCAAAGAUGGUAACCACUGAAGUGCUAUAAUUGUGUCACAUGAGAAGGUCUGGGAAAAGUUGUCCAUCCUGCUUCCCUGCCAUCCGUCAUAGAAAUAGACCACAAUGUUUCCUUUAGCCCCGGGAUGGGGAACCUGUGGUCCUCCAGAUGUUGCAGGAUUCCAACUCCCAUCCGCGCCAGCUAGCAUGGCCAAUGGUAAGAGAUGGUGGGAUUGCAGCCCAGUAACAUCUGGACAUCACAGGCGAAAGAAAGGUAUUUUGACUGCCUGGCUGCUCUCAGUUAUCUUUGGGACUAGAUCAAAGGAAAAUCCCUGGAGAAGGCACAGCGCAAUGGCAGGGUAGCAUGGGAACAGCGAGGCAGGAUAGGACAUGGAUUUGGUUUUGCAUCCGCCUCCUUUUGGGCCUGGUUUCCCUGAGCAUUUGGUGCAUUUCUUUUCCUUUCUUUUUUAAAGCAACCUCCCUCAACCUGGUGCCGGUCAGAUGUUUUGGACUACAACUCCCAUCAACCAUCACGUUGGGAGGAAAGCUGUUCUGAAGGCAGCAGGGGAAUCUCCAGAGCAAAAGCAGCAGGAAAGAGAGAACUUAAAAGACACCACUCCUUAUACACACACACAUCUGGGAAUAAGUCCCGUGAGUGGGGCUUAACUCCGAGCGGGCUUGUCUAUAGGAUACCGCACUGUUAAGUCCAUUAAAUGGCUUUCUCGGUUUUCCCUUCCCUACCGCACCUGACGCGGAAGGAAGGAAGGAAGGAAGGAAGGGGGAGAACUGACUGCAGCAUCGCGGACCAACAUCAUCAUCAGCACCACUAUCGCGAUCACACCACCAAGAGGGGAGACAGCAACAAAGAAACACGCAGCCUGCGCCCCCACACCCCGUCCCUCCUUUCACGCCAUCCUGCCCAAUGCACACAAAGCCUGAUCGGGUCUUUAAAAAAAACCACACACACCCCAGCGAGAUGGCCGCUUUGUCUGACGGCGAAGAAAAAGCAUCUUGCCCUCCUUUCCUCCCUUCUUUGACAUUGUGCGGGAGAAUCCAGAGAACUGCGACGAAACGCAGCAGCUGGACCAGUUUCGAGAGGAGGGGCGCGCGCGGGAUCGGCGGACGACUGUCAUUGUGUCUGGGUGGGCAAGGGGGGGGGAAGGAGAGGUUUUUUUCUGGGAGGCGGAGGGAGGAGGGGAGCCUGCUAAGCGCCCCCCCCCCACCCCGAGCCUGCCGCAGGGCUCUGCAAAAGGGACACACGCCCAGCGAGCGGCAGACCUUGCCCGGCACCCUCUCGCCACCUCCCCUACCUUGGGCUCCGCUGCCAUUGUUCCACCUCGAGGCAAGAGGGAGCAACGCAGCGCUCGCCCGCUCGCUCUCUCGCGAGUAAACAGAUACCGCACUGGCAAGGUAGGUGGGAGGGAAAAGAAGGCGCCACCGGGAGCCGUCUCGCCCCGAAGGGCUCCGCCAAGGGGAUGGCCAAGCCGUCCCGGGCGCCCUUGGAAACGGGGCUCCGGAGCUGUUAUUGCUGCAGCCCGGCAGGAAAGAGAAGGAGGCGAGGAGGGAGCGCAGGGGCAUUGCCAGGCACAGGCAGCAGCAGCCUCUUCCCCGGCGACUUACCUCACUUGUCAAAGGCAGAGCGGCUCCUCCGGGCUUUCUGCUCCCUCGCCCUCUCAGCGCGGGGCUCCCGCUGACGCCCCUCCGCCGAGGAAAAGGCGCCCCAACCUCCCCUCUCCUCCUGGACUCGCGCCUCCCAGCUCCGGCUUCUCGGCUUCGGGAAUAAGCGGGGAGGGAGGGGGGAGGGAGGGAGCCGCGCAGGGAGGCGUGGCCUUUCGCCCGGCGCAGGCAGGAGACCGGGGAAAAGGGCGGGCGGAGAAAGCCAGGAGCCUCCCCUCCCUCCACCCGCCUCGCGCUGUGCGCACGCGCGCCUUCCCGGGUUUCUUGCCGGGCCCUGCCAUGCGCGGCUGUGCUGCUUUGCGCCUGCGCGUUUGGAAGGGAGCCUGGGCCCGAGGAGCCUGUGAGUUUGAAGGGUGCUCGUGUGUGCGUCUUUCUUUGCCCUCCGGGGUCCUUCGGGUGCCCUGCGGCGCCCCGCAGCGCGGGAGUGGGAGGGGAGCCAGCGGCGGGGACGGGGCUCGCUUCUGCUUGCGGGGAAGAGGCUCCUAGGCCAGACCAGCCGCAGCCUCAACCUGUGCAGGCUUCCUCGGACGAAGGUCCCGGGGACUUCCGUGCAUAGCAAGCGGGGCUGCACGGUCCCGCGCGUGCAUUCUCGAUAAAUGCAUUUCGGGUUGCAUAAUAGAGAAAUGGGGUAGAUAAAUGUAUUUGGGAUUGCAGCCUUGAUCCGGAAGAGCGCAUGCCCUACGAAGCCGGUUCCCUUCGGGAUGCCCGAAAAGCUCUUCCCUUACUAAGGCAGCAUCAUACUUUGUUCACAAAUCAGGGCCUCUGUUUUCAGUAGGAUUUACUCCCGUGCAGGUGGAUUUGAAAUUUCACGCUUUUCCAUCAUAAGGGCAUUAGCAGCAGGAUCCUCUGCCCAUUUAACUGCGCGGGAAGUGUUUCCAGCUAGCACUGCUGAAGGCAAUGCAGGCUUAUUAUAGUAUUAAGACAGCCCCCAUCUUAAAUGGGUUACAAGCCCAGUCCUGGGCAUGUUUACACUUGAGUUAAGCGGCACUUACUUUUUAGUUUGCAUGCUUGACAUUGCUACUUUAUUUGAGAGUAAAGUGUCUGUCCUAUGCACACUUUUCUUGGGAGUAUGCCUGGUUGUAUUUAUUUCUGAGAUGUAAACAAUCAGGCAGAGCAACCUCCUUGGAUCCAAAAGGAUCUCGCAUAUGAGCAUGGGUGUUUACAACUACUUAUUUGCACAUCGUUUUUAAUUUGCAAGGUGGUGUGCUUUUUAAAUUUACCCUACCCUUCUUCAAAGGAGCUCAGGGUGGCAUUCAUGUCCGACCUGUUUCCCUUCCCAUUUUAGCCUCAACUCUGGGAAGUAGGUUACGGUAACAGAUAGUGACUGGCCUGACACUUUAACAACUAAUGUACUCCACAUUUUAAGCAAAGCCACAUAGCACUUCCAAAAUAAAGGUCAGAUUUGAACCCAGUCUCCAGGAUUCAGCUCUUUCUGUACUGGGUAAUGAUUAAGACUGCGGCUUGAGGCCUCAGUUUGACUUACAGUUCUUUUGCAGCAUACUUGUUUACCUACAGUGGUGCCCCGCAAGACGAAUGCCUCGCAAGACGGAAAAACCGCUAGACGAAAGGGUUUUCCGUUUUGAAGUUGCUUCGCAGGACGAAUUCCCCUAUGGGCUUGCUUCGCAAGACGAAAAUACCGUGCGAGUCUUGAGAUUUUUUUUUCGCUUUUCCCCCCCUUUAUCUAAUCUGCUAAGCCUUUAAUAGCCUUUAAUAGCCUUUUAGCAGCUAAUCCCCUAAGCCUUUAAGCCUUUAAUAGCCGCUAAACCGCUAAUAGCGCUAAUAGCGCUAAUCCGUCAAUGGGCUUGCUUCGCAAGACGAAAAAACCGCUAGACGAAGACUCUCGUGGAACGGAUUAAUUUCGUCUUGCGAGGCACCACUGUACCUUGAUCUUUAUUCAGUACAUAUUAAUGACUGUUGGAGACUUCCGUCUUGCUCAUUUGUCUCCAGUAUCUACUGUCAGAAACUUCUUGCUCUGUCCAUGUGUGUCUUGUUUCAGUAUUUUGGGACCAGUUUCUUAAAUACAAAAUCCCUGGUCAAAUCUGAUCUUUGAAAUCAUCACAUUAAUAGUGCUUGGGACUACACUGCAAUGUGCUUUGGAUCAAUUAAAAGUGUGCUCCCAAUUAACUGGGCAUCAGAUUUUUAAAAACCUUUUUUUAAAAAAAAUGCAAGUAUUUUCAAAUCCAUAGGUAGCAGGUGCAUGUUUAUAGGUCUUUUCACUUUUCCUCUUCUCACACAGGGGGAAAUGUCUUUAGAGAUGGUACCUGCUGUGACAUGAGCAUGCGUAAUCUAAAAACAAAGGGAGAAUGCUCUUUUCCCUUCAAAACUGUAUCAACAGCACAUUUACAAUUCACUAAUUCACUACAAUUUCCCAAUUUCUGCCUGGACACUGCUGCCAACUGCAGUAUUCUGGAUAUGUCUGGGAAAAUCCAAAUGUAUGGCAACCCUAUCUAAACUAAGGCAGCACUGUCCAGUGCACGCGUAUUUGGUGUGCAAGUAUAACUCAGUGGGACGCAAUUCCAAGGAAACAUCCAUAGGAACACACUGCUCAGGACACCAAAGCUGAAUCAGCCGGUCUGUGGAAAUGGUACAGAUCUAGGUAAUUGCAAAAUGGAAGGGAUCCAACUUGUUCUAUAGAUUUGUCAUGUUGAAGAAAAAGGUCUGUUUCCUGAGAAGGGGACAUCUGGAGUUACAGGCAGGAUAAAGUGAAACAAUGUAUUUGAACAGCCAUGGGGAAACUGUUACCUUAUUCCAUUUGCUAUUCUCUCUCCCCCCGCCCCCCCCCCCGCCUCCCAACUCCAAUGUUGUGGAUCCUGGAACUCUUUAUGAGAAAGUUGUUUGCGAGAGGGGAAUAGUAACUGGCUACAUGCUAAGUGAAACGGUGAGGUUGCGUUUUAAAAAGCCAGUUUGUGCACUAUUAUCUGCACUCAUGUGAGGCAUUUACUUGACCCACAUUACAUGAGAAGGAAGGUGCCUGAGUGCAGUCAAGGUUUUUCCAUAAAUGGGAAUCCCCCCAAUUAUAGAUAAAGAUCUACAAUCUCUUGCAAGCUGCAUUUUUCUGUGUUCUGUUGCAUGUGUAUCUGCACUAUUCACUAUAAGAGGGCUUGAAAAUGUUGCCUUUUUUCUGCUUCCAAACUGGCUUAGCCAAUCAUGAUGGGGUCAGAGGUACUGUUGGAGUUUCUCACGGGAAAGGGAGACUGGAUGUGACGUACACUGGUUUCCUGUUUUUUUCACUGUGUGAUUCUCUCCAAGCUGUUGAGGAGAGAGGAUGCAUUUUUCUGCUCCUGCAGAGGCAAGAUGUCUUUCUGUAAUAUACCAGCUUUGAACUGUAAAUAAAGCAAUAUAGAGUAUGUAACACAUUUUCCUUCAUCCUUCCGCUGGCCACGACAGACUCUGCUUUAAAUCAACACGUGGUUAUGGGGCUCCAGAGGUCGAAUCGCAGUGCCGGCAGAGGAUCGGAAUGCAGAGGACGGAUCGGAAAGGAAUCUGCUCUGCGCGUAGAAGUGAUUGAUGAGGUAUGUGCUACUGCUCCGGGCAGCCUGCCAGCUUCAAGAUAAUGGCUUUAUGGCUGGACUUUGAACUUUUAAAGCCGGUUUUGCAAAUAGGCAAAAGGCUCCCAGGCACAAGUCACUAUGCUGGGGAAAUCGAAAGUAACUUUUAAGUGUGCCUUUGUAAUGAGGCAGCUGCAGCAGUGACGCAGCAAGAUUUAAAGCAGCAUAUGACGCUGAAGGCUAAUGCCAGAGUCAUGAUGGCCCUUCAGGAUGCUUGUGGGAUUCCUAAGCUCAACAAGAAAAAUUACAGCGACUGGGUUCAGUAUGCAGAGGCAAUUCUAUGGAAAGAGGGUUUGUUUGAGGUGAUUACAGGAACCCCCAGUUCCAGUUACAGAUGCAUGGGAAGCUAAGGAUUCCAAAGCAAGGGGAACUCUUACAUUGAUAGUAUCCCCAGAAGAGCUCUGUCUAUUGCGUGAUAAGACCUCAGCCAGAGAAAUUUGGGACGCUCUGAGAGAGGCUCACUUAAGGACAGAAGCUGGAUCCACUAUGUUUUACUUUAACAAGCUGCAUAAUAUGGCUCUUGCUGAAGGUGGAGAUGUGCGUUUACAUCUGAUGCAGAUGCAAAAUCUGAGACAUGAGCUGCAACAGAGAGGACUCAACUUUCCAGAGGCUGUGUAUUCUUUCAUGAUACUACAAUCUUUGGGUUCAGGUUGGGAGUCUGUUGCAACCCAGAUUGCUGUGCAACCAACUGCUCAGCUGACAGUGGACUUUGUUACUGCCGUGAUUUUAAAUGAAGCAGAUCGCCGGGGUGCUGGCUGCAUGGGCAAGGGGAGUCUUCACAGACGUCAUCCCAUAGUGCAGUGGAACCACCAGAUGGCGCCAAAGCUUUGAAGGCAGUGAAAUGCUACUCGUGUGGACGUCUAGGCCAUAUGAAGAGGGAAUGCAGACAUCCCAGGGCCAAGACAGAGCAGCGCAGCGAAAGCUCAUCGCGCGGAAAAGGCCGAGGCAAAGGCAAAGGUCCGGUGUCUAGGACAACGCAGCACAAGGCUAUGGUUUCACGCUUCACUCCAAAGGUUGCAGAGGUCCAGAAGACGUCUAGAUCUUUCUUCGUUGUUGAUUCAGCGGCCACCCACCACAUGUGCAACGAUAAGAAACUGUUUGUGUCUUUUACACCGCAGGAAGGUGCGAUUCACCAGGCGGAUGACCACACUAUUCCCAGUAAAGGCUACGGAACUGUUGUUCUUCACAGUUUGGACUUAUCGAUACAGAAUGUGCUUUACGUGCCAGACGCCAAACAUAAUCUGCUCAGCGUUGGACAGCUGAAUGAGCGGAACAUUGACGUUUCCUUCAAGAACAAGAAGUGCAUCAUCACAAAGAAAAAUGAUUAUGUAUUGCAUGCAGAAUAUGUUGAUCAUUUGUUUGUUUUGUAUUAUGAUGAUGUGGUGCAGGAUGACACUUGUUGCAUUGCAGGUUCUAACAAAAGUUUGCAUGCAGAAUGUAUUCACGAUUUUCAUCGCAAAUUUGGUCAUUUGCAUUUUGAGGCAGUAUCUAAAAUGCCUGCCUUGGUUGAAGGUAUGACUAUUAAACCCUGCAGGUACCACAUGAAGUGCAAAGCAUGCGCAGCAAACAAGGUGAAAAUGGCUGCGAAAGGUAAGGUGUCUAGUAGGAAAGCUACAGAACCAUACCAGGUUGUUCAUGCUGAUUUGGUUGGACCACUAUCGCCCUCUUUGGGUGGAAAUAGAUACUUCAUGGUUCUCAUUGAUGCAUUUUCUAGAUAUAUUUUUGUGUACAAUCUCAAGCAGAAAUCGGAGGCUUUUCCUAGGUUCAAGGAAUUCUGUGCUUGGUUGGAAAAUGUGCAUGGUAAGAAGAUAAAGACUCUUUUCAGUGAUCGCGGGGGAAUUCACUUCUCAGCAGUUUGAAGCUUUUCUGACUGAGAAAGGAAUUCAACACGAUUUGUCUAGUCCUCGCUCGCCAUGGCAGAAUGGACUUGCGGAACGGGCAAAUCAGACAUUGCUUCAAGGAUUAAAAACCUUGCUGCAUGAUGCCAAUCUUCCAGAGAGUUAUUGGGCCGAAUCUCUCUCGUGUUUUGUUUACAGUUACAAUCGCAGGUUAUCUUCAGCGCUUGGUUGUACCCCCUAAGAGAAGAUGUUUGGCAAGAAGCCAUACAUCAAACACAUGAAGAUUUUUGGUUCUGACAUGUGGGUUCACUCACCACAAAACUCCAAGUUAGACAAGCGUGGAUUGCAUGGUAUCUUUCUAGGUUAUCAGAAAGGGUCUUACAGAAUAAUGAUGACUGACUCUAAGACAAUUAAGCUCACGAGAAGUGUUGAGUACAAUGCAAAGUGGGGGAGAAUGUGGGAAUUUUCCAAUGUUAUCCUGAUGACGGUGAUGAGACUGAGGAUAGUCAAAAGCAACCACAACAACCCACACCCACUGAUGAAGGUUCUGAGUCUGAAUCUGAAACUGAAUCGGGUGAUUCAGAGGAUUUCAAGAGUGCGAAAGCCUCUAUGCGACCCUCUGAAAGCUCUGAUCAAGAAUUGGAGGAACCAUUGUUCACAAUAGGUCGUUUUUCUCCUAAGAAGGAAGAGGAGAGUGUUGAAGACUUAAGGCUAAUUCGUAGGUCACAGAGAGCUACAAAAGGCAAACCUCCAAAGAGAUUUGCUGAUGAGUUUGCUAAGAUAGCAGUAACAGCUGUUAAAAGCUCCAAGAAGGUAUUUGAACCUUCAAGUUUCCAAGAAAUCCAGGGUUUGGAUUCAAAGGAAGCUGAGCCAUGGUUAAAUGCCAUGAAGGCUGAGCUUGAUUCCUUAGAAAGGAACAAAACAUGGGAGCUAGUUCCAGUAGUUCCAGGAAUGAAACUGCUUGAAGCAAAUGGGUCUUCAAAGCGAAGACAGAUCAAAAUGGCAAGAUAGUCAGACACAAAGCCAGAUUGGUAGCCAGAGGUUUUGCACAGGUACCAGGUGAAGACUAUCACGAGACCUAUUCACCCACAGUGAGAUAUGAAAGCAUUAGGCUUAUGCUUAAGCUAGCUGCAGAGGAAAAUCUACACAUUAGUCACCAUGAUAUUAAUACAGCUUUUCUGUACGGAUCUCUAGAUGAAUCACUUUAUAUGCUUCCACCUGAUGGCGUACAGGUAAAACAGGGAUUUGUUUGUGCUCUGAAGAAAUCCCUUUAUGGUCUCAAACAAAGUGCACGGUGUUGGCACACAAAACUCACUGAAGUAUUGUUUUCUAGGUUUUCAGCAAGGGAAAGCUGAUCCAUGUGUAUUUGUCAAAGAGGAGGGGCAAAAGAAACUGUACUGUUUGUUUUAUGUUGAUGAUUUAUUAUUCUUUUGGAAAGAUGUUGCAAUGUACAAUAGCGCCCUAGCUCAACUGAAAGAGCACUUUGACAUGAAAGAUCUUGGUGAGGUAAACAACUACCUAUCUCUGGAAAUAGAGAGAGAUCAAGAUGGUAACAUUCUAGUACACCAGUCACGGAAAAUUGCUGAUGUGUUAAGCAAACUAAAUCUGAUGGAUGCUAACCCUGUAGACACACCGAUGACAACAGGUUAUCAGGUAGAUGACACUGAAGAAGCAUUUUCUGACACUACACUGUACAGGAGUGUGCUAGGCAAGCUAAACUUCAUUGCCAGAUGUUCAAGACCAGACAUUGCUGUUAGCUGUAAUUUGCUAAGCAGACAAGUCAACAAUCCUAGUGUCAAGGAUUGAAAGUUCUGAAACGCAUAGCGCGGUAUUUGAAAGGCACUAUGCAUUACAGACUGAGAUUUAACAAUCAGAAGUCUGGUGGUCUUGAGAUAUUUGCAGAUGCAAGUUUUGGAAGUGACACUACAGACAGGAAAAGUACGUCUGGAGUUUGCUACAUGUACAAUCAGAGUCUGUUUGAUUGGUCAUGCAAGAAGCAAACAACAGUUAGCUUAAGUACUUGUGAAGCUGAACUGAAUGCACUGUCUUAUUCACUUAAGGAUUGUGAAUGGUUAGUACAAUUGUGCAAAGAUAUGAAAAUUCCUGUCAAAUGUCCAAUCCAGGUUUACCAGGACAACAAAGCAUGUUUGGCUUUGCUGAAGUCUGAAGGUUGUAAGCAAAGCACAAAGCACUUGCAAUUAAAGUUGCAGCAUGCUAGGGAAUGUAUUCAGUGUUCUGGGGCCUGGGAUGGAGCUGGGUUGUAGCUUUUUUCUAGGGUGUAGGCUCCUAUUGAGCAGUUGGAGUUUAUCAGCAUGGAUAUAUCUGUAAGGAUGUUGCUUAGGGUGGGCCUGGAGAUGUGAAAGGUGAGGCUAUAGGCCUGCUGGGUUACCCUAACGCUGAGCAACAAUAUAAUACCAUACAGCAGGCAUGGCCAAACUCGGCCCUCCUGAUGUUUUGGGACUACAACUCCCAUCAUCCCUAGCUAACAGGACCAGUGGUAAGGGAUGAUGGGAAUUGUAGUCCCAAAACAUCUGGAGGGCCGAGUUUGGCCAUGCCUGCCAUACAGCUUCUUUGAAGCUUAUACUCUUUCUCACAGAGCUUGAAAAGCACCUUGCUACUCAAGAGUAGUGAAGUGCUUUUUUGACCCUUAACUAAAAGUACAUCUGCACAAUACUUCACAUUUCUAAGUGCCACAUCAUAUUUCUGGGAGCAAGACAUCAAAUAGGAACGUGCUUGGGCUGCUGAAACUUCCAGAUUCUUAGGCAAUUGCAUGCUUCAUUUUUUUAUAAGCAGGUUACAUUAUUUUCUGGCUGGCCUCAGCAGUAGACCCAACAGGUAAGAAAAGGUGUGUUUGUGCAGGUGUUUUUCAGGCCACCCUGUAUUAGCUGUUCUACUGUUCUGCUAAUUGGAAUGCAGCUUUCUGGAAUUGUUCUAGAUUUGCUUGUGUGGCAGGACAGGAAUAAAAUACUUUUACGGAGUUGGGUUUGGGUGGCACUUAAUGUUUUGGUGCGCAAAUACUUGUUUAUGAUGACUAAAAUGACCUCUGUUCCUUAUGACUAUAUGCUAGGAAGCUCCAUCAUUGAGACAGUAAGCCUGUGUCAGACUGCAGGUUACACAAUUGAAUGUUCUUCCACCCUAAAAAUUACCUGCACGUAUAUUUGUCCCAGUGUCUCAGACUCUUCUCUUGAGAGGGUUAGUUCGGGCCCAGAGUUCUGCCAUGUAUCCGCAUCUGUGAAGACAAUUGCAAAGAAUUCAUCCAGCUUCUCUGCAAUCCCCCUUCCUCCUUUAGCAUACCCUUGUCAUCCAAAGUCCUGCUGCCUCCUUAAGUGAUGGUCUGCUGCUAAUUUCAAAUUUUGUUGUUGUGGUUCGCCAUGUUUUUAGCAAUGGGAUCCUCAGAUUCGCUUUUGUACCCCUUAUUGUCUGCUUGUGUUUCCUUUGUCAAAGUUUGUGUUACUUUUUGUUCUCAUUUGAAGGAGAACAUUUUCUGAAGGAAGCCUCCUUCCAGUAAUUUCCUUGAAUUGCUUGUUAACUAUACAAGCAUCCUCUUGCCUCUGCUGGUGCUUUCCUGAUUUGUGACAUGCAUUCCAGUUGAGCUCUGUGUUUUUAAACAACUUCCAAGCAUUUUGCAGAUACUUGACCCUCUUGACUUUGCCUUUCAGCUUCAUUUUUACCAAUCCCCUAAUAUUUGGGAAGUUCCCUCUUUUGAAGUCAAAUGCCUCUGUUGGAAUUUCUUGGCAAUUGUCCAUUUACACAUAAAUUGAAUUUGAUAGCACUAUGAUCAGUGUUCCAAACUGAUUCAACAAUACCUACAUCUUGCACCAGUUUGUUGGAACCACUUAAGGUUAAGUCCAGGGUUAACCCCUCUGCUUGGUUUUGUGACCAAACUGUUCUAGGGCACAGAUUGUGUAGUGCACAAUCAGUUUAGUUAUUAAGAAAUUUUAAUUCUUUGCACUACUGAAGAAUUCAUAUACCAAAUGUAUGGGAAGGUAAUUGAAGUCACCCAUUACUACAGCACUUCCUCUUUGGAAUGCCUUUUUUAUUUCAUUCUCUGUUAUGGUCAGAAGGAAACUAAAUUAUUCUUUGGGUUUGGUAUCACCACCUAUAGAUAUUCUGCGGAGGAAUCUGGCCCUUUGAAGAGUUCCUGCUUGUUGAGUUCUAUGUCCUCUUUGAAGUGCAGAGUGACACUGCCUUCAUUAUGUCCUUUUGUGGCCCUUCUAUAGACUUUGUACCCAGAGAUAAUGACGCUUCACUGGUUUCCUCCAUUUCACCAGGUUUUCUUUAUUCCCACUGUAUGUAUGCUCUCCUCUGAGACCAAGCGCUCUUGCUUCUCUUGUCUUGCCUUAGUCUUCUAGCAUUGCUAUACAAACACUUACUGUAUAUACAGCAUUUCCUUCCAAGUGUCUUUGGCACUUGCAUUUAACCUAUGGUGGUUUCUCUGAAUAGCUAUCAUGGGCUCCAGCAAUCUCAGUGCCUAGCUCUGCCCUCUUCCCAUUUGAAUUAUAAUAAACAUGUCCCUCCCUCAUCCCUGGGGGAUGAUUUGUUCUGAACUGGAUGCUCCUCAGCUUCUGUUGGCUUCCCCCCAACAAUCACUUUAAAAGCUGCUCUGCCAUCUUUUUUUAUUUCAAGCAUCAGCAAUCUGGUUCCUUCCCAGUUCAAGUGGAGCCCUGUCCCUUUUGAUCAGGCCCAGCUUGUCCCAAAAUAUUCUCAGUAACUAACGAAUCCAAACUUCAAACAAAUCCAAAACUGCCAGUACCACCGUCUUAUUAAUGCACUGAGACUACACAGCUACACCUGUCAAGGUAGCCCUGCAAGUGGAACUGGUAGCAUUUUGUAGAAAGCUGCUUUGAAGGCCCCAGCUUUCAAACUCCUCCCUAGCAACCUAUAUUUUGCUUCCAGGAACACCUAACUACAUAUCUUCAUAUCUUCAUAUCCUUGAUACCUAUACACACCCCAAGUGCUGAUUCCUCCCUAGCACUAGAUGGGCUGUUUUUUAGAGUUCAGCUGGAGUGGACAUGGUGUGGAAAACCUGCUGGUGAAACUUAAUGGUCAAGGGAAUGGUUAAGGCAUUUCAUUUUCCCUGCAGAUAUCCUUCUCCUAAAUUUAUCAUACAUGAGAAACACAUUAUUGGGAAUUUUGAGCAUCCCUCUUAACACUUAGAGCUUUCCUUACCUAAUUAAUAGUUUUCUUCAUUCUUUUAUACCAGGCAUGUCCAACUUUCAAGAGACUGAGAUCUGCUCCCAGUAUAAAAAAUACUGGCAGUAAUCUACCAAAGUUGUUGAGCUUUUUGGGGAAAGCCAAAGUUGUUGAGCUUCCAGAGGAUUGAUUACCUAGUAGGGUGAUCAUGAUCUAUGGAAAUUACAUCUCCAAUAAAUUUCUUCUACCAGGAAUCUACCACGGACCUCCCGCGAUCUACCAGUAGAUCACGAUCUACCUGUUGGACAUCCCUGUUUUAUACUAAUUAUUCUCCACCCUUUUAUACAACUUAUUUUGAAUUCAAACUGAAUUUCGGUCCAAAUAAAAAGACAGAGGGAAAUGAGACAAAAUAAUAGCUUCUUGCUUCAAAGUAUUCAGAGGGGCUUACUUGUUUUUAAAACAAAAGUGAUGAAAUUUAUGCCACAAAAGUGGCAUAAAUUGGGAAAGUGUGGGUUGUAUUCAGCUUAGUUUUACUCAUAGGAGACCCCUUGAAAUUAAUGGACUUAACUUAGUGAUAUCUGUUAAUACCGGUGAGUAGAAUUUAGUUGAAUACCACCCUGUUUGUGUGUGGUUGCCAUUUACAGGAGCCACAUCUGUAGUUAGUGGUGUGAAUAUUCUCCUGUCAGACACCACUUUUCACAUUUAGCAGUUAUUUUUGAUCAGUGGGUUUGAAGAAAAGGAGUGAAAUGUCAGCAUCUGCCUCAAAACCGGCGUGUCGUGAAUGAUUGAGCUGCGAGAAGAAUACAAAUCACAAGCGAGGAUACAUUUUCCUUGCCUGUCUUGGGUAUCUCACACUUGCCCCUAUGUGCCAGUUGGAGAAGACUGUCUUUAGGACUCUGUAGAGGGGAGAUGUUGUGGCAAGAGAUCACUGGGGGACAAGUGGGUGAAAGAAAAUGUCUUUUUUCCAUGCAUAUCAUUGGAAUGCAGAUAAGUGUGAUGCUUCAGAAGUUAAGAAGAACGAACAUUUUAAUGAAUGAACGCCUCCUUUAGUGCUUAGUGCUCUAGCAGUGUGGUUGCUACUGCUACUCUGUGUGCCAAAAGUGCUUUCUCUUCUCCCAUGUGGGUCACUUGAACCUGAAAAGUAGCAGAGAACCUUGCAUUGUAGCAACUUUUGCUAUGUUACAUCUUUGUAACUAGGAAAAUAAUUAUCCAAAGUGAAAAUUCUAUGUCCUACAAGUGCCUGAAGUAAAAGUUAAGAGUGACUAUGAUACACCUUUUAAUUUGGGUAAAGCGAAGUGAAGGCACUGCAAGCUUAGUGGACUGUAUUAAUGAAAGCCCAUAUAUGUCAAAGAAGAUAACCUGAGGACAGACCAUUUUGGGAAUUUUUAUGAUUCCCGUUCUAGAAAUAUCACUGGCUGGCAGGGUGCCAACUUGAAUAGAAUAUUGGAGGAGGGGCAAGUAAGCCUCACCUUGCAUAACUGAUCACAAGACGCAGUACAUGGAUGCCAUUUGAAUAGCAAUGGCCAUCAACUGGGCGGGGGCAGCCCCCUCAAAUAUUUUUUUUUGGGGGGGGGAGGCCCCAUGGCCCCUAGGAGUUGGCUCUAUGCUGGCUGGUGACUGAUUUUAAGAUUAUAUUCCCAUUGAAUUUAAAGACUCCUUUCUGAUUAAAACCAAAUAAAAAUUCUAAAUAGUAUACAAAUAGAACAUAAAAACUUAAUUUUGAUAUACUUUUUAAAAUCCUGUCCCCCAAACUUGUUUAAAAUGUUUGUGCUAGCUUCCCUUAAAACGUGGCAGCAAAUAAAUUAGUAUAUCUUUUGAUGCUUUUAGUAUUUUAAAAAUGAAUUUAUUGUGACUGCUAAAUGGUUCCGUUGUAUAGCUUACUGAGAGUUGUGGGCUUUUGCGCUCUCCAUGCACAGAUAUUCUUAAAAUGCCAGUGGCUGUAAAAACUGACAGCUGUUAGGGUAGGAGGAUGCUUGUACAGAGAGGAUCUAUGCCCUUGAAGAAGAAAGCUGCACUGCAGUGCUUUUUUAUUAUUUAAAUACAGUACCAUUGUGUUAUAUGUAACUGAGUUGCACUGACUCUGAUCUGAGGAGGGAAUGUUGCUGCACUUUGUUAACAAUACAAUGCAUGCUUUUGAGGGCUUUCGGGGACACUGCAACAGAAUAUCCUCCUCCCGAAUGUAUCCCAUGGAAUUGAUAGUGUGAUUUAUCUUUAUCAAAAUUGUAACCAUCAAUAGUAGUAUAUUAUUAGUAAUCUUUUGUUUCUUGUCCAGGUUUUUUAAAACCAGAAUCCUGAUGGCGCUUUGGAAAAAGUACCCAGAGCUUUUUCUAGCUCAAAUAAACAGAGCAACAAAUCAGCGAAAUUUCAGGUAUGUGUUCCAAUACAUAUAAUGGCUUUUUACUCUGGAGUAUAUUUACAGGCACAUGAAUCAGAUGAAGCAAACCUAGUGUUCAUUUGUCAGACUCCUCCCUAUUUUCUAUAUAAGCAAAAUUACAAGAUUACAUUGGGAAUGGUUUACUGUACGGGACUGUAUUUCAUGAAUUUAUCCUAUUGAUAAGAAUACUCCAGGUUUGUUCCAGUGGUUAAAAUAAUUUAAAAUCCCACCUCAGUUGAAAAUCUUUAUACUUACAUAUGCCACCUCCUGUGGCAUAUGAUUUGUUAACUUUGCCGUUCCCAUAUAAUUCUAGUCUGUGGUUCUAUAUUUAUCUGAGCGUAAGUCCCAUUGAACUCUGUGGGGUUUUCUUCUGAGUAGGUGUGUAUAGCAUUGUCCUUUAAUAAUCUAGUCGUGCCCUGAACAGAUUUCCACUUGGAGGUUAUUUCUUUCUAGUCUUAACUCAUAAAUUCAUUCAACAAUGCCCCUUGACAAAUCUCAAUUUGUUUAGCUUAGCAAGUAGUUGAUAAUUUUGAGUCUAGUUCAUUCAAGACAUCCCUCCAAUACCUCGAAGUUUUAUAAUAAUGCAGUGGUUUUAAAGUGCAGUUGAAUAUGUGUGUGUGUGUGUGUGUGUGUGUGUGUUGUUGUUAAAAAAAUAAUGGUUUUCUGCACUGCUCAAAGAAGAAAAUGUCACUGUGUUAAAAGCUAGGAAACAGCAAGUAGUAUUCACAGUGGUAGGAUGCUAUAUGAAGUCUUUCACCAACUUAAAUUUGCUGUAGUCUUACUGUAGUCUCAAGGUAUGGUCUGAAGGUACAUGAGGGCUUUGGGUCUGGCCAGUGCUUGGAUGGGAGACCACUUGGGAACUGCAUGCAUAUUGUAUUGGGUUCUGUGGUGAAGGAAAAGUGUGAUAUAAAUAACGUUUUUUAAAACGAAAAAAGUCUCCACCCCUUCCAACCAAUGUGGUAGUCGUGGCAGUGUCUCCUUAUCUAUUUCAGAGCUAGGAGAGGCAGUUUCUGAGCACCAUGCAGGUCUUCCUAGACCGCAGAAGGAGAAUUGCCACAGCUUGAGGUGCUGUGAGUUGCUUUCUUAGAGGCAGUGGCUGCCUAUAUAAGGAAAUGUGGCUAAACCCUCCUUUGUGCCACUGUAGCUAAUGAGAUUCCUAAUAACAGUAUAUAAUGUGUUGCUGACUUUUUAAUAAGCACUAGCCCUAUUUCUCUGCCUUGAAAAUUACAUGGCAGCUUGACGUCCUAGAAAUUUUCGUAGGAUGGAGAGACACUGAUGGUAUGAUUCUGGGUCUCAGGCUUCUGUUAAAGGGCAGUUGUUUCUUUUAAAAUCACUUUUAAUGUAUGUAUUACUUUUCCGGACGUUUUAUUUAGACUCACAGAAUUGUAGAGUUGGAAGGUAUCUCCAAGGGUCAUCUAGUCCAAUCCUUUGCAAUACAGGAAUCUCAACACAGGGUCUCCCAUUCAAUUUGAAACCGUACCAGACCCUGCUUAGCUUUGCCAAUGUGCUAGAAGUUUUAUUGCUGCACCACUACAACGAAAACAACAACAAUUUAUUAUUUGUUCCCAGCCACUCUGUGCGGCUUCCAACAAAGAUUAAAAAUACGUUAAAACAUCAGUCAUUAAAAACUUCCCUAAACAGGGCUGCCUUCAGAUGUCUUCAAAACAUCAGAUAGUUGUUUAUCUCUUUGACAUCUGAUGGGAGGGCGUUCAACAGGGCAGACACCACUACUGAGAAGGCCCUCUGUUAAAGUCAAACAUUAACAAUAAAACAAUAAUUUAAAAGUACCGUAUUUUUCAGUCUAUAAGACGCCCCCAUUUUUAAGAUGCCCCAUAUUUUUGGGGACUCAAAUUUAAGAAAAUGGGGGGGGGGAGAUGUAUCCGUGUAUAAGAUGCCCCCUAAUUUUUGACAUUAUUUUUUAGGAAGAAAACCUAGUCUUAUACACGGAAAAAUACGGUAAUAGGGAACAAAAAUAUGGACUGCAUACAUUUUCCAUUGUAUGAGAAUAAGUUCUUACAUAUGGCAUAUUUACCAACCAUUGUGAAUGUAUUUAUUUCUGAUGUCUGUGAGAAAUAACAUUCUUAGGAGAAAAGAGGUCAACUAUCAUUGUAGGCAUUUAUGUUAAUUCCUUCUUCAAUCCAUUUUUAACUAGAGGAGUUAUAACUUUGUGGUUUCAUCUUAUUGAAGCACAGGAAAACCAUUCCCACAGGUGGGAUCCUUAAAGAUUUUAUUGUGUGGUGAACCUGGAGUUGUGCCACUUCCUGCUGCUGAAUUGCAGGCCAAGGAGCUGGAGAGCAGAAACUUCCAGCAAAGCUAGAUAUAGUGAUGGGAAAAGGUGAUGGCUGUUUAUAGCAACUCAGAGAAACAGAAUAAAAAAAAGCAUUGCAAUAUCCUUUUCCCUGCAAAAUUUCUCCUUUAGAAGCAGUAGGCUGAAAAAUAAAAGUCUUUCAAAUACAAAUAUGAGCUUUUCAUUGUGUUUUUGUGACCCUGUGACAUGUAAGACCAUUGAAAUCAAUGACACCUGUGAACACAAUCUUAUUUUACCUGUAGAACUACCUGGGAUAGAUAAGGGUUAAAUCUGUUUCUUCCCCUCCCUUGCCAUAUUCUUCUCCUGUUGUAGGCAGGUUCUAUUCUUGGCAUCUUCCCUUAAAAGGCUUUUAAGUAGCAGAGCAAGGAAAGAUCCCUGCCUCAGACCAUCAAGCCAUCGGUGUUUGAAGUCGUAGACAUGGGGCUGCUUGGAUUAAAUGGUCUGACGCAAUAUUUAAUUCUUUGUAUGUUCACAAAAAUGUUCCUAAGUUCAGAUGGGUACAGGUAUGUGCCCCCCCUUCGGCAUUCAAUGUGCUACUCUUUGUGAGGAAUAUUUCUGCCAAAUCCUUCAUGUUCAAGAGGGAACAAAGACCCUUGACUUUUGUGGUUCAUUGUAUAAUGAAAGCUUUGUGGUAUAAGAGAGUUCCCGAGAGACAAACUGGCUGUUCAUGAAUUUCUCGAGUGGGCAUUGUAAACAAAAAGUGGGAACUGCUUUGAGGCCCUAGUUUGGCACUGAGGUCAGGCAGGUUUCCCUUGCAGAUCUCAGUGUGUACAGGUGCACAUUUCCUUAGAUGCUGUGCAUAGUAAGUUUCUGUCCCACAGGCCAGUACACUUUCUGGAACUGUCUUCAAAUAUGUUACUCUUCAUUCAUAUGCAUCAAUUAAUUGUUGUUUAGUCGUGUCUGACUCUUUGUGACCCCAUGGACCAGAGCACACCAGGCACCCCUGUCUUCCAUUGCCUCCUGCAGUUUGGUCAAACUCAUGCUGGUAGCUUCGCGAACACUGUCCAGCCCCCUGUCCUCUGUCCCCUUCUCCCUGUGCCCUCAAUCUUUCCCAACAUCAGGGUCUUUUCCAGGGAGUCUUCUCUUCUCAUGAGGUGGCCAAAGUAUUGGAGCCUCAGCUUCAUGAUCUGUCCUUCCAGUGAGCACUCAGGGUUAAUUUCCUUAAGAAUGGAUGCGUUUGAUCUUCUUGCAGUCCAUGGGACUCUCAAGAGUCUCCUCCAGCACCAUAAUUCAAAAGCAUCAAUUCUUCGGCUAUCAGCCUUCUUUAUGGUCCAGCUCUCACUUCCAAACAUCACUACUGGGGAAAAACAUAGCUUUAACUAUACAGACCUUUGUUGGCAAGGUGAUGUUUCUGCUUUUUAGGAUGCUGUCUAGGUUUGUCAAAAAUCUGCGGCUCUAGUCUGCCUGACUUUAUGUUGCCAUUUUGCAUUUCUGCCCUCUUCAGAUAUGCCAGACCUGGAAACAUAGGCAACUAUUGGUCCCUCUAGCUUAGACAGGCAGUAGUUGUCCAGGAUUUCAGAUAGGGGGAUUGCUCAACCCUCCUUGGAGAGAUCAAGGAACUGAACGUGGGACCCCUUGUGUGCAAACCAUGUGCUCCUUCAGUGAGCUAUGUACAAGCUUUUAAAGAUUAAAUAGGUUUGUGCUGCUUUAAUUCCUGUAUCUGGUUUUAUAUCACAGAGGCAGAAGGAUGCAGAAGAAGUCAACAACUUCAGCCAGCCCUUGGGCUCCACUUGGGCUAAGAUGGAGACUUUUGGGUCCCAUGGAAUAGGCAUGGUGCAUGGAUGUUGGUGCUUCAAAGCCAUCAAUCAUUCUCUGGUUGUGUCUCUCUUUGAAUGAAGACAGUAAUUCACUGAUGGCAAUAACUUUAUUAUUUCCCACACACUGAAAGCUGAAGGGGGGCAGGAGGUGGUUCUAAAGUUGAGGUUUUCAAAUUUUGCUGCAGUGGUUUUCUCAGCUUGAGUCAUAACUCAGAUUGAGGAUCUAGUCUGUGAUUGUUAUUCAUCUCAACCUAGAAGCAAGCAGAUCUCAAGGAAGGGGUCAUGUGUGAGGGUACCACAUGCUCUGAGUUGCUAAAGAGGAAAUGGGUGUUAAAAAUAAACAAAUGCCAUAGUGGGUUCUCAAGACCUGUUCUGUUUGAGUCAGCAUUCUGGUGUCUUUCACAGUACAAUUAAAAGUUAUAUAGAAACAAUUACGUAUAUAAAUACAAUUUCUAACCCAACACCAACUGGGUUCCAAAGAGCAGGUGCCACAACACUAAAGGCCCAAUUCAGACUUCAUACAGAAUGGACCUCCUGAUAAGAAGACCACCCAGUUCUUUAAAAAAAAUUAACAAUGACUAUUUUUAUAUAAAUGAACUGCUUCUAAGAGAUAAAUAAUUCAUAAAUUUACCAAAAGUGGUGGUGAUAUUGAGAACUGAGAUACGGAAAUAUGUUUUCUGAUCAACAAAUCUGACAUCUCAUUUGGAUGUGUCCCAUUAAUUUGUCUGGUUAAUCCCGGUUUUUAAUAAAAAAUAAUUGCUUUUCUUUGCUGAGAAAGUGCUCAGAAGUCACUUAUGGAUUCUUACCAACCAGACUCCCUUUCUCUAAUCCUUUCCUCUUUAUUAGAAGAGGCAAAAAAGAAGCAAAACUCCAGGAAAACCUGUCAGACUAGUAUCUAAUUAGCAGAAGUCUCUUGUGAGAAAUUAACAUUCUAGUAGAGAAGCCAGUUUCAAAUCCUUAUUAGGUCCCCUAAGUACCAGAUACUGUAGUUUAAGAAUCCCUUGCUUGCCUUCUGAACAAUGUUCGGUCAUUUGGUGUAUAAAUCUUUGUAGCUAAAAAAAAAAAAAAAAAAGUAUUUCAGAAAAUUAUUUGACCGAAGGAUCACCCAGCAUGUGUUUUAUCUCACUGUAAAAAUAAAUAAUUGUAUGGCUUUACAAAUACUGAAUGAGUAAACAUUACUUGUAAUAGUAAGCCAUGAUGGUAACAGCUGAGGAAUCCUUUGGAGUCUUAACAGUGCAGGCCUAUCCAUUUUACUUAGAAGUAAGCCUCAUGGAGUUUAGUGGGACUUGCUUCCAAUGAAAUCUAUAUAAGCUGGCCACUCUGUAUACAAUUCUUUCACAGUUUAGGGGGAAGACAGAAAACCCCACAAGACCAGUUCCUUCCUUAUCAGCAUCUGGUUUCUGUGAGGAAUCAACCUUCACAUUGAAAUGGGCUCACUCUCCCCCCAUCCCAACCCUCUGUUUGUGAGAUGGCUUCUUUCUGUUCACCCUAGAAUACUUCCCAGAAUCCUCUGCAAUUCUUAUCACACGCUAGCAAUUCCUUAGUAGAUAAGCUGGUGUGGAAAGCUACUUUCUGAAGGGCAAAAGUUUGAAAAUAUUUGCAUUUCUUGGGUUGCUUUAUAUAAAAAAAGCUGUCCUUUGACCCUCUCAUGCUAUCCACUGUUGAUUUAAAUGUACUAAACUGCCUUUGUGGUAGCAUAUUUAGAGUUUUUGGCUUUAAACAGCAUUUUGAGUGCAAGGGAGGUCAUCGUAACGGCACAUGUUUCUGAACAUGAUAGUCCUUGAUUGGGACUGCUACCGUUGGUCUGACUUGUUAUUGCCUUCGAACUUAUCUUUCGGCAGCAUCAGCGGCGCGUGCAGCGCAAUACAGAAGAUGACCCGUGUGCGAGUUGUAGAUAACAGCGCCUUGGGAAACACUCCGUACCACCGGCCUCCAAAAUGCAUCCAUGUCUACAACAAGAACGGAGUGGGCAAAGUCGGCGACAAGAUCCUUCUGGCUAUCAAAGGGGAGAAGAAAAAGGCUCUAAUCGUUGGCCACAAGAUGCCGGGCCCUCGCAUGACUCCCAGGUUUGAUUCUAACAACGUGGUGCUCAUUGAAGACAACGGGAACCCAGUAGGGACGAGAAUCAAAACCCCAAUUCCCUCUCUGCUGAGGAAGCGGCAAGAAUUCUCGAAAGUGUUGGCCAUUGCCCAGAACUUCGUGUGA